CAACAUUUGCUAAUGAUUUAUGAGUAUAUUAAUUUUUAUCACACAUUAAAAUAACUGAUAAGUAACACUAGCGUACCUGACUUAUUUCGUAGUAAAAAAAACGUAAAAUGUAGAAUGAACAAUGUUUUAUUGGUCAUUCAGAAUUGUUCCUUCAACACUGCAGUUAGUUUACUCAAGGAGUUAUUGAGACUCCUACAAUCUCUUCGCGGUGCGCAGUAGUAAUGGUGUUAUAUGACAGUCAAUGUUUACAUUUUUAGUAAACACAACAUCCCCUUAACUUUAACUUUAAAAUUUUUAAUUGUUAGUAAAUAAAUAUAGACAUCUCAUUUAAAUUAAAUUAUUAAUGUACAUAUUUUUAAUAAUGCAGAGGCUUCUAUAUGUAGAGAAUUUUUGAAUAAACAUAUUUUGAUUUAAAAAGAAAAAAAAGUAUUACAAAAUAAACGUAUUAAUAAUAUAUAAGUCAAGUAUUACAAUGAAUAUCGGAAAGGAUAAUGUAUAUCAAGGACUUCAGGUUCACAAUUCGGUUGUGCAGCCUUUAUUGACUGAUUUAUAUCAAAUAACUAUGGCUUAUGCAUACUGGAAAUCAGAAAAGACAACUGAUACUGCUGUGUUUGAUUUAUUUUUUCGUCAUAAUCCAUUCCAAGGAGAAUUCACAAUUUUUGGAGGUUUAGAAGAAUGUUUAAGAUUUCUAGAAAACUUUCGUUACUCAGACAGUGACAUUGAGUACUUGAAAACUGCAUUACCUCCGACAAUAGAACAAUCAUUUUUUACGUAUUUGAAAAAACUCACUGCUAAAGAUGUAACUCUUUAUGCCAUUGACGAAGGCUCCGUUGUAUUUCCAAGAGUACCUUUAAUUCGUGUAGAAGGACCAUUAAUUGUAACUCAACUUCUGGAAACGACUCUAUUGACAUUGGUUAACUUUUCUAGUUUAAUGGCUACCAAUGCUGCUCGAUAUAGAAUGGCAGCUGGUGACAAUGUAUCUUUAUUGGAAUUUGGUCUUAGGCGAGCUCAAGGUCCUGAUGGUGGACUCUCGGCUUCUAAAUACGCUUAUAUAGGAGGGUUUGAUGGAACAAGUAACUUGCUUGCUGGAAAAAUGUUUAACAUACCAGUUAAAGGAACUCAUGCCCAUGCUUAUAUAACAUCAUUUUCAGAUCCUAGUGAAUUAAAAACUAAGACUUUAAAAAAUAUAAAGAAUGGCAAAGAACAAAAUUUGAUAGAACUUACAUUAUCAUGGCGAACUAAAACAUCAAAACUAUUGAAUAUUUCUGAAAGUCAAGCUUCUGAUGGAGAACUAGCAGCACUUGUUUCAUUUGCCAUAGCUUUUCCAGAAGGCUUUAUUGCUCUUAUUGAUACAUAUGAUGUUAAUAAGUGGCAUUACUUAGGACCAAAACAACUACCUGUCAUUUCAAGUUUUGGGAGUGGAAUUUUAAACUUCUGUGCCGUUGCUUUAGCUUUGAAUGAUCUUGGAUACAAAGCCAUUGGCGUAAGAAUUGAUAGUGGAGAUUUAGCUUAUUUAUCUAAUAAAUCUCGUGAAACUUUUAUUUUGGUUGCUAAAGAGUUUAAUAUACCAUGGUUCGCUAAUUUAACUAUUAUUGCUUCAAAUGACAUUAAUGAAGAAACAAUUUGGAGUUUAAAUGAUCAAAAACAUAGCAUUGAUUGUUUUGGAAUAGGAACACAUUUAGUUACAUGUCAAAGGCAACCAGCUUUAGGCUGUGUUUAUAAGUUAGUGGAAGUUAACAGCUUACCACGUAUAAAAUUAAGUCAAGAUGGAGGAAAAAUUACAAUGCCUGGUAAAAAGGAUGCUUUUAGAUUGUUUGGUGGUGAUGGUUAUGCAUUGGUAGAUAUGCUUGUUAUGUCCAAUGAAACACCUCCAGUUGCUAAAAAUAAACUUCUAUGUCGUCAUCCAUUUGAUCAAAAGAAACGAGCUUUUGUUGUGCCAUCAGCUAUUAAACCAUUAUACAAAGUUUACUGGAAAGAUGGUCAAAUAACACAAUAUUUACCAGAUUUAAGAGAAAUAAGAGAACAUGUCAAAGAAUCUUUAAGGACUCUAAGACCUGAUAUAAGAAGGAAUCUUAAUCCUACACCAUAUAAGGUUUCUGUUUCGGACAACUUAUAUGAGUAUAUGCAUGAGUUAUGGAUGCGAAAUUCACCAAUUGGAGAGUUAUCUUAAACAUAUAAUCAAAGUGCAACUAAAUUAAAUUGUUACCAUUCAAUAUUCUCUUUUAGAUUUUUACCAAAUCUAUUAUUACUUCACUAUAACUUAAUAUGUUUAUCUUAUAGUAGUAAAUAUGUUAUUAAAUAUUCAAACUUUUAUAAAGCAUUCAUGAGAGAAUAUUUUGGUAUUUUUAUGAAACUGCAUCUCUUUUAGUUUAUAUAAUAUUAGCAUCAUAAUGUUAAGUUUUUUAUUUUUAUUCUAUGUUGUUGUUUUACUAAUGAAACCAAAUAAUUGAGUAUUAAUUGCUUUUUAUUUUUCAAAUUUAACAAGUUAAUUCUAAAUUUUAUGUUUUACAUAAAUAUAAUAUUUAAACAUCACCAUUAUAAUUUAUUG